UUCUCCUACACUAUAUUGACAUAUGACGUACCGUGAAAGCAAGGUAUUAUUACUUGUAGGUUCCAUGUGCACCUUGUUAUGGCUGCUGUUUCUGACCUUUGCCGGGUUGGGAAGGCCGGCAACGGCAACGGCAACAUCGUUCGUUUACAAGAACAUAUUCAUUCUUGCUGGACAGAGCAAUAUGGCUGGGAGGGGAGGAGUGGUGAACGACAAAUGGGACGGAAUUGUGCCUUCUCAAUGCCAACCCAAUCCAUCUAUUAUCCGAUUGGAUGCAGGGCUGAGUUGGGUAAGUGCGACGGAGCCUCUCCACGCGGACAUCGAUCUCAAUAAGACAUGUGGGGUUGGCCCAGGAAUGGCGUUCGCGAAUGCGGUGAAGAGCAAGGACAGCAGCGUCGGAGUGAUUGGUCUGGUACCCUGCGCGGUGGGAGGGACAAAUAUAAGCCAGUGGAUGAAAGGGAGUCAUUUGUACGAACAGAUGGUGAGGAGGGCUCAGACGGCUCUUCAGGAAGGAGGGACGAUUCGAGCGAUAGUGUGGUAUCAGGGGGAAAGCGAUACGGUAAGUCGAGCGGAUGCAGAGGCCUAUAAGGGAAGGAUGGAGAAGCUCAUCGCCGACUGGCGUGCCGAUCUACGAUCCCCAAAUCUUCACGUCAUUCAGGUGGUGUUGGCAUCAGGAAUGGGACCUUUCAUAGGGACCGUGAGAGAAGCUCAACUAGGAAUACACUUGCCUAACGUUAUGUGCGUGGAUGCCAUGGGACUGCCCAUAGAACCAGACGGCUUGCACCUCACCACCGAAGCUCAAGUAAGGCUGGGUCAGAUGUUGGCCGCUGCCUACCUUAACACUAUGUCCACCAGCCUCUCCACCAGCCUCUCCACCAGCAAUGCUCGGAGGAUAUGCUACCCAUUCUUUUGUUGAUUUUUUUCCGACUCUCUUCCCCUUCCUCUCUCUAAUGAGAGCACCAAUGAAAUGGGGAAGUGGGUCAUCCCAAACGAGAGAUAUUGAAUCCGAUCAAUGAAA